CACAUUCCCUCGCCCCGGUCCGCUCUUUCGCUCCUCUGUUUAAGUUUUGGUUCCUUUGCUUCUGUUUGUGCCGUGUUCGUUUAAAGGAGCUCGGUGUGUUUGCGGCAUGGGUCCCGUGGAGCUGCUGCACAUGUCCGUGUUCUCGCAGAGUUUCUCUCCCUGCGGCCGCUUCCUGGCAGCUGGAAACAACUACGGCGAGAUCGCAGUGUUCAGAAGCGAUGCAGAUAACAGCCUGGUGGUUGGAGGAGGCGAUAACAACAUCCAUGUCAUGGACCUGGAAAACGGUGUGUUCAAGACGGUCCUUCAGGGUCACUCGGACUACGUCCAUUGCGUGACUGUAAGAGAGAGGGAGGCGGAGAUCCUGUCGGGGGGAGAGGACGGAGCAGUGAGGGUGUGGGACAGCAGGACGGGUCAGUGUGUUCACUCCAUCGAGGUCUACAAGUACGAGGUGUGUGCGCGUCCUCAGUACGGUAAAUGGAUCAGCUGCGUGACCACCGACUCCGACUGGAUGCUGUGCGGCGGCGGACCGUCUCUGUCUCUGUGGCACCUCCGCUCGCUGUCGCCGACCUCCAUCUUUAACCUGAGCGGGUGCCAACGACAGUCGACCUUCCACCAGGACUUGAUCCUAACGGUGGGUGACGGUGCGUUCGUGUCGCACUGCCUGCUGGGCGGCGAGGUCAAAACUCAGAUUCCCUGCACGCCACAGAGCCUGAACACGCUGCAGCUCAACAACAACAGCACCGAGCACCGGGUGCUGACGGUCGGCGGCAGCAGCGACCGUAUCGACGUGUUCACCAACCUGUCCUACAGAGCGUUCUCCCUCAGAUUCUGACCUCCGAACUUCAUGAGACCCCGCACGCACGCGCACACACACACGAUAAACUGUCUGUUCACAUUUUCCAUGUUUUUAUUCAUUGUUGGGCGUUUUGUAUCAGCUGUCUGAGCUUCUUUAAAGAAUAAACGUAUGAAAAUAAAA